AUGUUUAAGCCAAAAAGUUAGAAAGAGCAAUAAUAACAGCCAUUUUACUUAAGUUGGUUUGCUAAUUAAGGGUAUUUGCAUCAGGAGUUAAUUUAGCUUAGAGAAAAUCUUAAAAGAGGAGGAACAGCACCACAACAAUCCAGAAAAGAUAAAUUACCCUUGAAGAGUCCAUAUUAGCAACCAUUGAUCACAGUUUCUCAUUAGACUCCUAACCCAUACACUAAAGCAAUAUAGCCUCCUAAAAGUUACUAAAACAACAUCUAAUAGAUCUCAAAAAUCUAUGCCGGCUCAUUUUAAGGAAUGAUGAAGAGAAGGAGCGUUGAAAAAAGGUAUGAUGAUGUACCAAAGAGUGGAGUAGCCUCAUUAAAACCAUCCAGAACCUUUACUCAAUAAAACUCAAGAGCAUUUCACUCCUGUGAACAGCAGAGUAGACCAUAGACAUAAUAAUUAAAUACUUUUGAACCUAAACUAUAAUGUGAUAACAUCCGUGCUUAUAAUUAUGAGGAUCCAUAACUAACACCUAGAGACAAUGAUGAAGUUGAAAUAAUGGAAGUUGAUAAUAUUGAUAUUGAUUCAAAUGAAUCCAAUGAUGCUGACAGUGAAGGAGAUCACAACUUGCAACUUCCAACUUAACAACAGGAAGAGCCUCACAUCUAGAAGAACAAAUCAUUUGUUCAGAAACAAUUGGAGGAACCUAUAAUUAGUAUGAGGAAAGCAACUGCCACUCUAAACAGACCUUAAACAUCUGAAGGAGCCCGAAGAAAAAGAUUUGCCAAUUCAACCAAUGAAGUUUAGGAAAACACAACAGAAAAAAAAGAUUCAGAAUUUCAGCUCUUUGAUUAUUAAGCCAAUAUUAUCCAAGAAGAUGAUUCAGAAAAUUAAGAAGUUAUGCCUAUCAUUGCUAACUCUCUAAAUUCCCCUAAAGAUAUCCUCUCCAUCCGCUCAGGAUAAAGAAGAAAACCAACCGAUCAUGUACUAGAUAAUUUGGAUAACAAUGAUCGCCCUCCUUCGAGGCAUAAAACUCCUCCUAAAGCCACUGGAUUAGAUUUACCUCUGGAGGCUGUGGAUUCUUUAGCCAAUCAUGAAAUUCCCAUUAAGAAUAUGUAUGCCUAGAUUGAUGAUAAAGUUAACAAUAAUUUUAAUGAUGAUCUUGAUGAAUUUGAUCUUGGCUUUUUCAAGAUGAAUAACAAAGUCAACUUUAACAAAUUUCAAUCCAAAGAUGGAUAUCACACUGAUGAAGGAAAAAAAGCAAACGUCAAUUAUAAGCAUCCUUAAUCAGCUAAUAUAAAAUUCAACAAUAUUGGAUUAUAAAAUAUAAGCUAUUCCCCUUUAAAUAAUCAAAUUACCUCAGCUCAUGGAUUUAGAGCUAAUGAACCUUAAAUAGUUAUAAAAUAUAAUAAUAGCUCUUAACUUAAUAAAAAUUAAGCUAAGAUACCUGUUAAAGUCCCCUUCUAAACUUCUUUAGGCCAAGACUUCUUGAGUCUAUUUGCAAAUGAUUGCGCCGACUGA